UCCACCCUUCAGCGGGGCCGACCCCGGUCCCCGUCCCCACCACCUCUCGUCGCUGGCCGCCGGCCGCCGGGAGCCCGGGGGAUGCCUCACAGAACCGAGCUGUACCAGGACGUGCCUUCAACAUGCUGGCCGAUUGUCUACUCUCCGGGAUACAACAUCACAUUCAUGGGCUUGGAGAAACUCCAUCCAUUUGAUGCAGGAAAAUGGGGGAAAGUGAUCAACUUCCUGAAAGAAGAAAAGUUGAUUGCAGAUGACAUGAUCGUAGCAGCCCGUGAAGCAACAGAAGAAGACCUUCUGGUGGUACACACGAGGCGAUAUUUAAACAGGCUGAAGAACCAUAUCUUGGAGAGCUCUCCAGAGUGGUCGUUCGUCGUGGCUACGAUUACUGAAAUCCCUCCGGUCCUUUUUCUUCCAAAUUUCCUGGUGCAGAGGAAGGUAUUGAAGCCACUAAGAACGCAGACAGGAGGGACAAUAAUGGCAGGUAAACUGGCAGUUGAUCGAGGAUGGGCCAUCAACGUAGGUGGUGGAUUCCAUCACUGCUCCAGUGAUAAAGGUGGAGGGUUCUGUGCUUACGCUGACAUCACAUUGUCUAUUAAGUUUCUGUUUGAGCGAGUAGAAGGUGUGUCCAGAGCCACUAUUAUAGAUCUAGAUGCACAUCAGGGAAAUGGCCACGAGAGAGACUUCAUGUAUGAUAACCGAGUGUAUAUUAUGGACGUCUACAAUAGAUACAUUUAUCCAGGGGAUGGGUUUGCUAAACGAGCCAUAAAGCGGAAGAUUGAACUGGACUGGGGGACGGAAGACAAAGAAUAUCUCCAGAAGGUAGAGAUGCACGUGGCGGGAGCACUGAAUGAACUGAGGCCAGAUGUUGUUAUUUAUAAUGCAGGAACCGACAUUCUGGAUGGGGACCCCCUCGGAGGCCUCGCCAUCUCCCCCCAGGGCAUUGUGAAAAGGGAUGAGAUCGUGUUCCAAGCUGCCCGCACCCACCGUGUUCCCAUCUUGAUGGUGACCUCCGGAGGUUAUCAGAAGAGGACAGCUCGGAUCAUUGCCGACUCCAUCCUGAAUCUCCACAGCUUGGGGCUUAUUGACAAGAAUCUUGCAACCGGCGAAGCCAAAAGCGCCGAGGUAGAACUGAUGCUCAGAACUACACCCCUGUUGGAGGCGACUCAGCUUCCAGUGUAGAGAGGGCACUUGUCCUCCCUCUUUGCUAUCUUAGGUAAUUUAAAGGAGCCGACUAAUUAUGUGGUAUUUAAAUCUAGAACUGUGAUUGGAUCCAUGUCAGUAGAUAGAAAAACAUUUUGGGAGAGAGUUUCUGGGCCUGUAAGGUUUUCGUGUAUUUAUUUUUUUAAUUUAUUUUAAAGACCCUGAAGAAGGGUUGAUGUGGUCUAAGCGAUUGAUGAUCAGUUACUCCCUAGAAUCAUGUGGAAGGUUUUGGUGUACAGCAGGAACUCUGAUGAGCCACCAGAAAGUUUGACCUCAGCUGCUCAGAGAGAGUUUGGUCACUUUGGAGAGGGAGGGAAAGGGAAUCUUUUGGCCUAGUGUGGGUCUGCCCCUGGGAGAGGGUGAGAAAGCAGCCAGGGCCCCAGUAGGCAGAAUCAGUGGCUGCUGCUGGGUUGCCGAGGGUGCGCUUCUGAAGCGAAUUCUGGAAAAAAGAUGGAGAGGAGGAGGAGGAAGGGAGGAAAAGAAAGAGUUGGAGGGAGAAGGGGACACAGGAAGAGUGAUCUCCCCUUGUUUGAGGAGCGCAACAACGAUUAGGUUUAGGCUCACUUGAACCACCUCUUCUUCCUCUCUCGGAUUUUCUGGUAGUUGUUUGUGCAUCAUAAUUGGCCUCGCUUUCUUCUUUGGUUUCAACUUCGUGUGCUGAUUGUGGCUCCCACAUGGGCUUUCUCACUCCUGGGGAGAACUUCACUGUCAGUGGUGCCCUCUUCACAUACGAAGGAAGACUCUCGGUAUUUCAUUCCA